CACACAUGGCUAGUGCGGUUUCGGAAGUUUCUUUUAUUUCUUGGGCAUCAGCUGCUACAGAAUGCACUAAUCCAGUAUUCAAAACUGCACUAAAUCAACCAUGGCCUAAUGCAUCGAUGCAAAAAGAUGUGCUGUCAGUACUUGCAGCUGUUACUAAGACCAUUAAAGAUAAUGGUGGAAAAGAAUCGCCUACUGAGUACUAUGCUGCCUUGUUGACGCUGUUGAAUGAGUCAUCUGAAAAAGCUGCUGUUGCUUAUUUACUUAAGCUAGUCAUGUGCAAAGCUGUCCAGGAUUCACUACUGCGUAAAACAUGUGGCGAAGCUGCCAAAACACUUAUUAAACUUCUGUCGUCUCAUAGUGUCAAUACUGAUGCCUGUCUGAUUAAAUCCGUCUUAACGUGCCUCGGGAAACUCUUACGGGCCCAGUCAUAUGAUUCCUGGUCAACUGAAUCUAUCCGUCAUAUAUAUCGCCACGUGUUACGCUUCGUUGACAGCGAAAAACCCAGUAUUCGAAAAUCAUGCCAUUUAUCAGUUGUUGAUAUCUUGGGUUCAUUGAACGUUGUCAGUUUAACUGGAGAUGUCAUUUUUCACCCCGCUUGCCAUCAAACCCAGGAACACUUAUGUUCUGUUAUCCGUCAGGCGACUAAGCAACUGAUAUCCACACUACAUACAAAGGAUGUUCAUUGCACUCGGCUUUUGCAUUGUCUAAAUUUAUUAACUUCAAUAAUCCCUCUACUCCCUUCUAAAGAUGUAAAAUUGGCUUGUGAAUGUGUUCUUGAGUUAGCAAACUUCCCGAACCCAUUGGUUGUCACUAAAAUGUUCCACGGUUUUAAAAUAAUGUUUGAUUCAAAACCAUCGUUAAAAACUUUGCCUGUUGAUAUAGCUGCACGUCUUUUGACAGCACUGUAUUCGUGUCGACCCAAUGAUCCAAAUGUUUUUACAAUGUCUUCUACGAAUAAUACAUGUACUGGAGUGGAUGCACUAAUUUCUUGGAUGCAGGCUCUUGCCUCGGGAUGUGCAUAUUUAUGUGACUUGUCAUUGUUAGCUGUGAAAACUGAGGAUAAUGAAUUAAAGCAAACAAUUGAAAAUGUGGGAAGAUUUAGUAUACAACGAUUGGCUAAUGAACACUUGGAUCGUUUAGUCAAAACGUUAAUGUCUCUGUUGAUAUCUACUCCACUUCCACAGUUAAGAGAACCAAUUACUCAAAAACUCAAUCAAAUUUUUACGGAAGUUGUAGAUCCUCAACUUGAAUCAUGUCAGCUGGCUGAUAUACUUCCAGACUUUAUUCCUAAUGUUCUAUGCAGUUUUAUUACCGGUCUUCAAUAUACACAUUAUGAAGUAUGGAACCAUAUAUUAUGCUUAAUUGGUCGAUUUAUUAUGAUUAUUUCUAAAGUAUUCCCCUCCAGUACAUUACUAACUUUUAAUUCUCUAAUUGAAUUAUUAAAAGUAGUCUUGCAUCUACGUGAUUGUCUAGUUGAUGGUCCUAAAAGUUUAAUUAAUCUUAUCCAUGUUGAUCCGGAGAAUUUUUCCUUAAUUGGAUUGAAUGAUUUGGGUGAGAAAGUUAUUGAUGGACUUGAUAGUGUUUGUUUAUUAGCUGUUGAAUAUAUCGGUCCGGAAUUGAUUCUACCCGGAAAUAUAUUUUCUUUGGAAAUGAUUAUCAACGAGUUAGAGACUGGUAAAAUUGACCUGCAAAGAUCAUGGUUUCUGCCGUUGUUAUCGCGUGCAGUACCACAGAAAUCAACUGCAUUAUCAAUCUUUCAUAAGCAUAUCCUUCCUUUAGCUGACAGAGCUCUUGCUGUAGCCAUUAAAAAUUCUUCAACAUCUGAUUUAUCUGAUAAGACAAAGCCCCCAAAUCAUGCAUUGAUAACUUUAUCAAUUAAAGUUGCUUGCCAACUUUGGUCUUCAUUAAAUAUGUUUGUACAUCACAGUCCUACUGAUUGGUCAGAAUUAUCAACUGCUGGAUUAGGAUGUCGAUUAGUUAAAGAAUUGAAUUCAACUCCCGCAUUAAGACCAAUUAUUCUGCAUGUAUUUCGUCGAUUAGCUAAACUAGCUGUUGAUAAUGAUCUCGCCAUUACAGUUAUGCGUGGUGGUGCUAAAACAGCCAUACCGAACAUGUUAUCAUUGUAUGAAACAUUGAACACAUCUACACAACAUUCAUUAAAACAAAAAAUUCAAGCCACCUUAUCAUAUUAUCUACCAAUUUUAUCACCAAAAAUGAUUAGCUCUUUAACAAAAACUGCCAUGAUCAAAUUUGAGAAUACAAAAGAACCAGUUUAUUUGGAAAUAUUUCAAAUUUUAAUUGCUUACAAUUCUGUACAAGAACUGGAACAAUUCAUAACAAGAAUUAAUGAAUAUUUAAAUGAUAUACAAUUAUCGAAACCUUUAAAAAAACGUGUUUGUCGUGUUUUAGAAAGUAUUUGUGCUGGCAGUACUAAUCAAACAAAUGAAUUUUUAAAUUUACACUUUGAUGAUAUCAUUCGCAUGAUUUAUAAUUUAACACAAAAACCAAUUAUGAAUAAUCAUGAUAAUUCAAUGAAUGAAAAAACAAAUGAAUCAUUGAAAAUUGACAAUAAUUGUAAUGAGAAUAUUGAAAAAAAAUUAACUACAUUAUCAAUAUGUGAAAAAAUAAAACAUGACAAACAUAAUAAAUUAACAACUCGAUACUUUAUACCAUGGAAAUCUAUUUUACAUUGUAUUCAACAUUUAUUUAAACAUUUAAUCACUAAUGAAUUGAAUAUUGUAAUGAAUAAUGCUAAUCAAUCUAUUGAUGAAAGUAUAAUAACACCUAAGAAUUUAAUGGAUAAUGAACGUUUAAAAGAAUUUGCAAAUAUGUUUUUACCUGAAAUAUUAACCUGUUUGUGUGAAUUAAAUAGAACAGUAAGAGAUUUAGCUGGAAAUUUAUUAAUCAAUCUUGUCUAUGCAUUUGCUGGUCAACAAGCAUGGGAUAAAAAUAAAUCCUCUUUACCGCUAUAUCAAUCACAAAGCAAUUUAUUAACAUUUGAUAAUAAGAGUUCACGUCCACCAACAAUAAUGCAUAAUAUUAUGAAUGAUGACACUGACUCUGAUGAAGAUGAUAACAAUAAUGAUAGACAUAAUACUAAAUCUACUAAAACUUCUUUAACAGGAGGUUUAACAUAUUCUGACGGAGAAGAUAAUGAUGAUAUUAUGUCAACAAAGUCUAUGCCACGUGGUAGUCUAAUUUCUGAACAAAUAUGUUACGCUUUAAAUUUAGUUCUAUCACGUUUAUGGCCAUGUUUACCACCGCAUAAUCGUUUUGCUUCAAAUUCCAUUGAACUAGCACUACAACAAUCAUCAGCACAUGCAAUCUGUUUACUUAUGAAACAUUGGCGUUUUAGACAAGCACUUGUUUUAAAUAUUAAUUCUGAAUCAAAUUUAAUUUCACAAUUAGUAUCAACAUUAUUAUCUGAAGUGAAUUUAAUUAGUCAAUCUUUAGUUCAAUCAACUCAACGUAAAUUAAUUCGUUUAGGCUUACAACUUACAAGAUCAUUAAUAUUAUUCGUUAAAGAAGGUUGUAUUAGUUUAACAUCGGUGCUUGAGACUUUACAGUCCAUUCAUUCGUCGUGUAAACGACCAUUACGCUUUGUCGUGAAAUCAAUAUUAGAGAAAAUGAUCAAGAAGUUUGGACGUCAAGCUAUUCAAGGUUUACUAAAUGUUGAACACCAAAAAAUGGUACGCAAUUCAGUUAAACUUAUGGCUCGUCGUGAACGUAAAACUAAAAUGCUUGAACAGUCAACAUCGAAGACAACAUCAUCAUCAUCAUUGCUUAGUGGAUCAUCUAUUCGCCAUCAGAUGUCCGAUAGUGAUUCUGAUCAUAAUUCGAAACGAUCAAUAUCCAAUGAUAUUAAGAGUAUUCGUUCGUCAAUUCACAGUAAAGCAUCAUCAUAUCUGCCAAAACGUGUACAUAUAACUCGGAUGGAUGAACUUUUAGCUGCCUCUUCCAGUGAUGAUGAUGAUAAUAAUAAUCAUAAUAAUAAAUUUCUUAAAAAUAAAUCUCAACAUGAUCGUUCUUCAGUACAUUCACAUACUAAAUCCAAAUCAUCACGUGACAGCUUAUCAUCUAAACAUGCUAAAUCAUUAGUAGAAGAAUUGGAAAAUGUUAAACUUACUGCUGGUUUAUGUAGACGUUCACGUAGAAAUUUAACUGAAAAUGAAUCUUACACUAAUGAUAUGGAUAUUGAUGUGUAUAGUGAAGAUGAUGAAGAAAUUAAUAAAGCUUUGUGUAAAAAUCCAUGUAACUCUAAACAUCAAGUUCGUUUCACCGAUGAUACAAUUAGUCAUGCAUCAAUAACUAGUCGGAAUCAUUUAUCAAAACGUACUUCGUCAUCAUCACGUGAUCCACCUUUAAAUGAUACUGAUUUAUGGAUUGUAGAAAAUCCGGAUAGUUCAGAAAUUUUAGAUUUAUCUGAUCCUAAAUCACUUGCACGUCAUACAGCUUUUGCACCAGAUGAUGUGACAGCAAAAGCUAUGGUUAAAAUUUUCCAAAAUUCAUUAACAACUGAACAAACAAACGUAUCUAAUUCACAAUUCAAUGAUAAAUCUAAUAAUCAACCAUUUCCUAUUGUUAACGGGAAAAUUAUUAUUGAUGAUGGUAAAACUAAUGAAAAUAAUUUGACAAUGACUAGGCCAGAUCAUUUAGAUUGGGAUCUCACAGGCGAUGAUAAUGAUGAUGAUGGUAACUUACAGUCGAAAACUUCUUGUGUAAAUAAAAACGUUGUAAAACAAAGAUCUUGGAAAUCUAUGCCAAUUCCUGGUCGUGUUUAUGCAUCAAACAAAGCCAAAGGUGACAUGAAACGACCUGGUAUGCCAGAACCUUUUGCAUUUGUGCCACUUGGAGCUGGCAUCAGUAGAUCAAGCAAUUCAGUUAGUCAGAAAAUAACACCACUUGAACGUCGGCGUCUUUUGAGAGAAGUUGGCAUGGGAAAACAGAAACGAAAACGAAUUCAAGGUGGUAAACAGACAAAAUCGUUAAAGAAAUCUCCGUUAAAAGGUGUUCAUAAAAUUUCUAAAUCUUCAAAAUUGUCAAAAGCUAAAUUCUUAAGAGAUAUGUAAAAAUUUAAACCAUAACAAGAAAAAGCCUUGUGAUCAAUUUAUUUUCUGAUCAUAAUGUUAUUAUUCUAAUAAAUGAAUUUCCUUGAUUAUUU